AUGUUGAAUUUCAAUUCCUUCAAGGCGACAGUUGACAACUACGAGAGUAUUGAAGAUGCUAUGAGCGUGGACAAUCUCGAGCCGCUUAAGAAGUUACCUUCUCUACCAGCUCUAACUCUAAUAAAGCUUAAGAAGUUACUUCCUCUAAAUGUACCAGCUUUAAUAGAGCUUGCAUUGCAAGAGGUCAAAGUACAUUACAACCCCUCUCGAUACGUAUACGACCUAGACCAGUGCGUCUCCAGCUCAGACGACAAAAAGACUUUCAUUAGGGAGACGUAUCAUAGAAAAAGUGUCUCCAAAAUAGACUUGGAGAAAAAUCGAAAUGGAACUUUCACCACCAUCUUGCAAUCAGAGCUACCGACUAAAGCACUUCUUAAUUUACUAGAAAUAGAGAGGCCGAGUGAAUCUAGAGUCAUCAUGACAAGAAGUCAGUCAGGAAGUGAUAACGCGAUAAUGGAUCAAUUACAAAACAACAGACAGGAGAGUAGAUAUCAUCAAAUAAUAUCAUUUUGGAUUGCUAGUAACGGCAAUCAGGUUACUAAUGCAGUUGCACGCGAAGUGUUACAAGCAAAUGAGGAAAGCGGAACAAAUCAACAUGAAGCUCACAGUCGUAGCUCACUGAAGAGUCUGAAAGCUAAGUACCAAUGGGCCAAAUCGUCUGGACAUAGCCGCCACUCUAGCACUGGAGUCAGUAGACAGUUGAGGAAAGAGUAUCAGGGGAGUGGAAGUGAUGCUGAUAAUUCAGGCAGUCAGGUCAUGUCUGCUGUAAUUUCUGCCUUUGUAUCUGGACAUUUUUCCAAACCCAUAUUCAUACCAUACGACACUCUGAUGCAAGCAACUAAAAACUUUGAUGAAAAGAAGGUCGAGGAAGGUGGCAGUCUCAUUGCAGCUGGUAGUUUUGGUCAAGUUUUUCUAGGAGACUGGCAAGGGCAGCAAGUGGCAGUAAAACGAUUAAAGAAGCCCAAAAAUGAACGUCUUUCGACUGUGCGUCUUUCAAAGAGGCAGUACAUGAACGAAGUGUCGGCACUAACAAUGUGCCGUCCUCAUCCAAAUGUCGUUCGGCUGAUUGGUAUCUGCGACGAUGGACCGGAAUUAUGUCUGGUGUAUGAAUAUGUCGAGGGCAGGACGUUAGCUCAACCUUUGGCAAAGGAGAGCAGAGAACCUCUGAAUUGGAGUGAACGAAUCGAAAUGGCUCACGAUAUCGCCUCAAGUAUUCACCACAUACAAUCAACUUCACAACGUCCACUCAUCCAUCGAGAUGUCAAAAGUUCCAACAUUCUGGCGUCGUGUGAUCGAAGAGUACGAUUGGCCGACUUCGGUCUCUCGUGCUUUGGAGAGCAUCUCGACAACAUGCAUGCCAGUUUUCUCGAAUCUGGUUCGACAACCGUAGGUACGCGAUGUUACAUGCCACCUGAGGCGUUCAAAGGGAUAUUCAGUACACGAACCGACGCCUACUCAUUUGGGAUGGUAUUAUUUGAGCUGGUGACGGGACUGCCUCCUUACUCUUCGAGCAAGAAACUUGAUCUGGCAACAUUUUUGAAACAAAUUGAAGGGGAAGGCACCGAGCUGGUCGCGAUGUCUGACCCGCAAGCCGCUUGGCCUGAUCCGGUGUCUAACAAGCUCAUUGAUCUGGCGAAACGUUGUACUGACAUGGACAGUCACAGACGACCGUUUAUCAAGGAGGUUUUAAAGGAGUUGAGGGGUAUAGCUCGAAUGGAGAGAUACUCAAGUAGAAAAGUGUGAGACGGCAACGGUCACUGCAGACACAACAGACAGAGAGUCUUCUAGUGCAUUUUGUGGACAGUCAAGAGAUCACCAGAAAGUUAUGGGGUUAUUGGUUUUUAGAUUUAUUUUAUAGAUAUUUUAGUAUUUUGUGUUUGGCUUUGUAUCUGUGUGUAAUUACUGUACAAGUAGGUUACAUUCAAAACAUGAUGUUAAUUAAGUCUAAAUUACAAUCGUAUAUCAAACGGUUUUCUAAUUUUCUCUUAUGAAUGAGAAUUCUUUAUCUUGAUAGCCAUAGUGUUGAAGACAGUUUCAUUUUAUCAGUG